UAUUUGAACACAAUCAUAGAAAUGAACAGAAUGAAAAAUAGAAGAGAAAAAUUGACAACCUGCAACGCGGCAACACUGUUACUGAAUCGACCUUUUUGUGGUGCUCUCUCUUAGAGGUCGGUUGUUGAAGAUUUUCCCCAAGGAAUAUCCAAAAAAUCCUAGACAAUGAGGAUCUAUAAAGAUAUAUUCACUGGAGAUGAAAUGUUCUCAGACACAUACAAAAUGAAAUUGGUGGAUGAAGUAGUCUAUGAAGUAUAUGGAAAAUUAGUGUCACGUAAACAUGGGGAUAUUCAACUAGAUGGGGCGAAUCCUUCAGCAGAAGAAGCAGACGAGGGCACCGAGGAUGCAGUAGAAUCUGGAGUUGAUAUUGUUCUCAACCACAGAUUGUGUGAAACAUAUGCCUUCAAUGACAAGAAAUCCUAUACCUUAUAUCUCAAAGACUAUAUGAAAAAAUUAGUAGCUAAACUAGAAGAAUCAGCUCCAGAUCAAGUUGAUGUAUUCAAAACCAAUAUGAAUAAAGUUAUGAAAGACAUCUUGGGGAGGUUUAAAGAGCUCCAAUUCUUCACUGGAGAAUCCAUGGAAAUCGAUGGUAUGGUAGGACUGAUGGAAUAUAGAGACAUCAAUGGUGACCAAGUUCCAGUCAUGAUGUUUUUCAAACAUGGAUUACAUGAAGAGAAGUUUUAGUGCUAUUUUAAAUUAUUAUUAUUUUGUUAUUUAAUUUAUACCCUGCAUUUUAAUUUGAGAUUAUGUCUAGAGCCACAUAUAAUUGGAAUUUUAAUAACUUGUCAUUUAUUGUCCAGGUACAUUUUGUUUCAAAUGAGGGAAUGUUUAUACAAUCUGAAAAUAAAAUAAUUUUGCUAUAACCGA